GAUGAACUACCAACACCUAACCAACCAAUCAUCCAUCGAUCACGACGACACUCUCCCCAUAGAUGACGACGCAACCUCCUGCGAUGCUAACUCCAUACAGUUUGACGAAACCUCCAUAGCCCCUAGCGAAGACCUGUCGGUCUACUGUCUAAAGAAGAAGAAGAAUCUCAGGAGUGCCAGGGAGGUGCAGCAAUUGAGGGAUUUGGAUAUGUGGAGGGCGAGCGACGUCGAAGUAAUGCAGAACCUCCUAAGCCGGAGCGGCAACCUCAACGAGCAGUUCAAAUGGGAGGCCAUCGCCACAGCCCGAGGGCUCUGCACACUCACGGACAACUGCGCUUGCACGGAUUGUGCACGUGCUAAAUACUUAGCAGGGAUGGCGGAUGGAGACGGCGGGAUGAGCGCGGCGCCCUUACUGAGCGUAGGGUGUGUCUUACAGUAAGGUUCUAUCACAGUUUUGAUAUAAAA